AUGACUACACAGGGCGCUAGGCCACUCUCUUUACUAGCACAGAAACAGGAAGAGCUUCUGCGAACUUUCAUCAAUGUCAAACAAUAUGACAAGUUGCUUUUCUUUCUCGAAUCAACUUUAUUCAACAACGCGCCAACAUUGAAUUGCCCUUCACCUUUUGUUAUCAAUUGUCUAUUUACAUUAGCUACUUUGGGGGAAUACAAUAACGCUGGGUUAAUACGCAAGAAUUUUGAAAAACCAUUAUCACAACAACCAGUCAGUGUAAGAGCUAUAAAUAUAUUAAGAAGACUAGUAAACAUAGUGAAAGAACUUGAUGAGGAUGUGAAAGAUGAAAAAUCAAAUUUUGGAGGAGUGAAGUAUGAUCAAGAAGAUAUCAUUCAUACACAAGAGCAGUUGAUUGGCUCACUAAAGCUUAUUAGGUCAGAUAAAGGUAGAUUUUUAAGACCAAGAUCAAUACAGAAGGCAUAUAAAGAGAAAACUGCAGAAGAAUUGGAUGAAUUUGAUAAGAAAGGAUCAGAUUCUGAUAGCAUGAUGGUGAAUUCUACAGAUUGGUCACCUCAGAAAAAGUUACUUGAAAGAAAUUUUGAUAGAUUAAAACCAUCAGCUGCUGAAGACGAAUCAGAAUCUGAAAGUGAAGGUGAAGGAAGUCUGGAUAGAAAAUCAUAUUACAUUUUAAGAAAUGAAAGAUUUGAUAUCGCAUUACAAGGUGAUGGUUUUUGGAACGCAGUUGCAUGGGCGUUACAAUGUUCAUCAACUAAGGAUAAUUUAAACCUUGAAGCUUGGAACGUUUGGAAACCAAUAUUAGAAUUGAUAUUUGAUAUUAUUGAAAUUGAUCUUGAUCAAUUCAUCACUAGAAAGACUAACAAUGAAGAUGAUGAAAAUGGAGAACCUGCACUUUUCAAAAACACUUUAAUUUAUCAAUUUCAUGUGAGAGCUGGUUAUUAUCCAAUUCAUAAAGUUGCUGAACAUAUUUUCACAAAUAGUAAAUCUGGUAUUAAGCCAAUAUUUGUUAAUGAAUUACAAAAAGCUAAAUCAGUGUUCUUGGUAAAACCAAUUGGUGAAUCAGUUCAUCAAGAGGGUGAAUUCUCAUGGGGUAGUAUGAAAUUUAGAAAAAGAUUAUAUCAUUUAACUGCAAAAGCUAUUUAUCAUUCUGAUUUAGAACAUGCUACAAAACAACAUAGAUGGUCUUUAAGGGAUUUAGCAAGAAAUGUAACAGAAAAUUUACUCAAAUGUUCAUACUCUGAUUUCAGAUUAUUUUUCAUUCUGGAAAAAGAAGAAAUUAAAGAAGAUUGGAGAUUACAAUUAUUACUUGAUAUUAUUUUUGAUUUUCUUGUUCAAAUUAAUACUUUUAUUUUCAAUUUACCAGAUCCUACUUGGAUUUAUGAUCAAAACCCUGAUAUCUUGGAAAUGUUUUUAACCAAUGUUACCUAUGAAAAGAAAUAUUAUGAUCAAAACGAAAGUGGUGCUAGAAAGAUGGUUGAAGAUUAUUCUAAAUUAAAUCUUGCUCUAUAUUUAUUGAUUAAUUUAUAUACUGACUGUUCAGGAUAUAUAGGCCAUUCAAAAAUCAAGAAGAAACUCAUAAUAGAAUGGAGUGAAACUGGAGAAGCUAAAAGAAGAAAAGUUCUAGAAAGUGUUAGAGUCAAUGAUUUAGAUAUUGAUAAUGAUUUAUUUGGAUUGACUAAAACUAUAAAGCUACAGUAUAAUCUUUAA